CAGUGGUCUCCUUGGAUGACGUCACAGGCGGCAUCCAACAUGGCGUCCGGCCGGCUGCGGGAGAGGGAGGUCCGGCAGGAGGCGAGACGCUGCGCGGACUUGAGCUUCCUCCAGAGCAACAAAUACUCGCUGCUCAUCGUCAUUGGACGCACGGCUCACCACGGGCACGCAGGACACGUCUGCCAACACAUCCAGUCAGGGAUCCGCUCGUGGGACGUGGACUUGAACGACUGCGACCUCGACGUCCACCUGCAGGAGUUCCUCUCCCAUCACACGGCCUCCUUCAAGGGUGCAGGACACAAGUGCCUGCGCCACAGCGGCCGAGUGUUGGACACCCAUGUUGUGAUCGCUCCAUCUCAGGAACAGGCCCACUCUGAGGUGUGCGCUUUCUUGUCCCGGGAGUCGUCUCACAAGCUGCUGAUCUUGGCCGGCCAGAGCGUUGAGGACAGUGGCGACCUUCUCUUUUACCGAGGCCUUUUCUCCCCCAAACAGCUGAAAGAAAUACUAAGAGAGCAGUUUCCAGAUGAAGACCACCUUGCCUCCCGGAAGCUCAGCCUGACUCUGUGCUGCCCCAACAACGCAGCCCCCUGGAGGAAGACCCUCCAGCCCUGUCGGGGUCCUGUCGCACUUCACAUCAACCCCCCAGAGGUCCUUCCUGCCAUGUCUGCCUUGGGGGGGUUCACCUCCCUCGUCUCUGGCACCCUCUCCCCCUCGUCCCCGUUCGAGCUCCUGCCUCCGCCGGCCACCGUGGGCUUCCUCAAGCUGUCCCGCCCCUGUUGCUACGUCUUCCCCGCCGGGCGUGGCGACUGCGCCUUCUUCGCCGUCAACGGCUUCACCAUGCUGCUGGACGGCGGCUCAGACCCGCAGGCGUGCUUCUGGAAGCUGGUCCGCCACCUGGACCGCGUCGAUGCCGUCUUGUUGACGCACGUCGGCACGGAGAACCUCACCGGGGUCAACAGCUUCCUGGAGAGGAAGGUGGCAGAGUCGGAGUUGGCUUCUAAUGUCAAAGAGGACUUAUCCAAGAGGCUCAUCUCCCCAGAGCUCGGAGUGGUGUUCUUUAACGCCCCCGGUGGGUUGCGGGUGGAACAGCAGCCUUGUGUGAACGACGUACUGAAGAGCACAGACCAGGCAGCUCUAACCAUACACUUGUUGAAGAAGUUAGACAUCCGACCCCAGCCUAUGUUUCGACCUCAAGUGGUGCCCCCCGAGCCAGUAACCCUGUUCCAAAAGAUGGGAGUGGGACAGUUGGAUUUAUACAUACUCAACCCCGCCAAAAGCAGCCAGGAGUACCAGACGUUCAUGCAACACUGGCCUGACUCAGCAUCAUCUGGAGCGCUCCCCCUCACCGCCCUUGCCUCGGUGUCCGCCCUGCUCGUGUGGCACCCGGCGUGCCCCCAGGAGAAGGUGGUUCGAGUGCUGUUCCCUGGUGUUACUCCACAGGCUAAACUGCUGCAGGGGCUAGAAAAGCUGAAGACUCUGGCCUUCCUCCAGAAACCCACAGUGACCACCGGGGACCUGGAGAGGUUGGCGGACGCAGGGAAGACCAAAAGGGCUGAGAGCCAGGAUAGCGUCCACUCACAAGGGAAGGAGGUGCCUCCCAAACACGGGAAAGACGCAAAGGUGAAAUUAAUGAAUGUAGACAUUGAUAAAGCCAAAAAGCAAAAAGUAACAGAGAAGAAUAGCUCAAAGAAAGCCAGUGGAAAGGACGGGAAGAAGGAUGGAAAAACAAACGGCAGGGAAGAGAAUGGCAUCGUGAGGAAUGGUACAGGGAGGAAGGAUACGCUCAUCUCCAAACCAAAGAAUGACAACAAACAAAAAAAGGAAGCAAAGAAUGACUCCAAAGCAGCGUCCAAAAAGACCAAGAAGUUACCCGGCAAGAAUGUAGACGUCAAGACUGAAUCAAAACCUGACAAUGAGGCGGCAAUGGAAGUCGCAAAGCCAGUUGGCCCCGGUGCUCAACAAGAGCCUAUGAAGAGCCCCUGUGCCUCAAAAACGUCCAGCCCUGAGGACAUGACUGCUGAUUUUCUCCACCUUAGAGAGGAAGCGGAAAAAGAGGCGGCGGACAAGGCCGAUAAAGGUAAGCAGACAGGUGGCAGCCCAGAAAAUGACAAACAACUCAGAUGUUUGGGCGACCGGGGUGCGGAAAGACGAGUGCAAGGGACCGUAGACCAGUUAGGACUUGGUAAGAAACCAGCAAAGGUGGUAGGAUUCCCAUCUCCAUUGAAGGAGACCCCAAAGGACGAGCAAGACAUUCAGUUAGACUUGACACCCACUGAAUACACCCUCCUGGACGGAGCUUUGAGAACCACCCCUCCAUCACGAUCCUCCCCAGAGAACCAGGCGAGCCCAGAUGAGGAAACAAUGGAGAACGCUUCCCCCGAUUCAAGACCCAACAGUGCAGGCCACACUCCUUACUGUCUGUCUCCGGAUGACGUGUGGUGCAACAGAGACACGCUUAGCAGGCUACAAGCCCAGCUGGAAUCAACUGAAGCCGCCCAGCCCAAGAACCAUCCCCGGAACGCUCCAGAGAACCCACUGAACCCCAGAGAGAAACACCUGAGUUUUCUCUCUCUGGGUCCACUAAAAGACGGUGCCUCUGACCCGUCCCCCUCCGUGGCCAACACCACCACCUCCACCCACUCUAUGCCAGCGGAGGUUAGCUCGCCUCAGUCCACAGAAGUGGAUGAGUCGCUGUCCAUGUCCUUGGAACAAGGGCCAAUCACGGGGAGUCAGAGAGAGGUAGACGAUGGCAUUCAUCACCCUCACCCCAACGGAGGACACUUUGUUGGGGUGUCGCUACCCAUGAAGAAGCCCUUAAGGUCUUUGGGUUCAGAGAUGGGGCGUCCUCCGGCCCCUAGCGCCCUUCACUUUGAGGCGUCUGCAGUUCACGAUGUGGACCUGUGUCUGGUGUCCCCGUGCGAGUUCAAGCAUUUCAAAUCGCUCGACUCCAACUCGGGUAUCAGCGAAGCCUCCAGAGGCGCUUUUGGACCACAACAUCACAGCAGCAACCACAACACCACCCCUGCAAAGGACGUGUCACCCAGCGAAUCAAACGCCCCCGUCUGCAUGGAAGACUGCCCGUCCACCACGGCGGACGGAGUCCUGGACUCCGAUGAAGACGAGUCGUGCAGCGGGCCGCCACACCUCCGCAGCAGUCAGGCUCUGCCCCGUGACCCCCUUCCAGCCCGGCUCAGGGAUAGCCCACCCCUGCCUCCUCAUCCGGAUGCCACCAUGCCUGUUCCGCAGUCUGACUCCACAAAGAAGGUCAAGACAAGUUCCGUGCGAGGAAAAACAGCUGGGGUGAUUGAAGGCUCCCAAAGAGCAAGCUCAGGGAAAAGCAAGACAGGAAGUGGCGUCCUGAAAGGCAAAAAAGACAAUGCUGCACCGUCACGCACGUCGUCUGCCAGCAGCCGCCCACCACCAGUGAAAUCCUCCGCCAACUCAGACUCCAAGCUGAUCUCUGCUGAGGACGUGAGCGUCUUUGUGGACCUGGCCUACGUUCCCUCCGGAGCUUCAUCCCCAACAGUCAGCGUGGACUUCUUCAAAAGCGUACGCUCCUCCUGUUACAUCAUCAGCGGCGACUGCCCUGAGAGGGAGGAGCUUAUGAGGCGCACGCUGGACGCGCUGCUUGAUGGCAAGUCCUGCUGGCCCGACGCCAUGCAGGUGACGCUCAUCCCCACAUUCGAGUCUGCGUCCAUGCAAGACUGGUACCAGCAGACCCUGGAGAGGCAGCGGGAGCUGGGAAUCGUGGUCCUGGGGUCCAACAGCACCGUGGCCAUGCAGGAUGAGACCUUCCCGGCCUGCAAGAUUGAGUUCUGAACAGUGAGGAAAACGAGGAUGAGGAUGUAUUUCGUCUCUUGAAUGACAUUUUAAUGGUAUUUAGUAUUUUAUGUGUCACCUCCAAAAAGCCUUGAUUUACUUCAAUCCCAAAGCACUCUUGUACCGAUGACACAUACAGUAAUAGGAUUGCAUGAUCUUCUGGUCCGGUGACCCUGUGCUAUACAGGAGAGGAACCCGAACACACACACACACACACACACACACACACGCCAAGAAAAGAUGUGUCUCAGCACAUUCAAGUCAGAAUAGUUAACAUCCAGUGGUUUUAGCACUGAAGGCAUUCAAAAUAAGGCGUUCCAAUAGCAAGCAAGUGCAAGCUGUAAGUGUGUGAAAGCAUCGUUUUUGUUUUGUAUAUAAAAAAAAAAUGCGUCCAUGAUGACAUCACGUGGUCACUGGAUAGACACACGUUUGACAAGUGAUUCCAAACAAAACGAGUCCCCGUUUUUCAUAAAAAAAAGGAAAGUUUCCAAUGACAUUAAUGAAAGUGAAUACGUGGACAUUUCUGCCAUCUAGUGGAAGAGCAUUUUAUUGUUCCGCCUGCCACGAUUCGUCGCUGGAGUCGCUGCAGUAGAUGAAAAAUAUUAUUAUUUUUGAUAAAUACGUUUUUAGACCAAUUAAGUGAAAUUGGACGGUGAAAUUGAUUAUCUCUCACGUGCCGCGGCACAGAGGUUGGGAAUCACUGCGUUAGUUCACAACAGCUGACUUGAACGUUGUUAGAAAACAAAAAACACGUUAUUGCAUAUUCAUCUUUUUUGUUGCUGGUGUUUAGUGGAAAAAAAAAUGAAAGGGCCAUUAUUUUUUUAAAUUAAAGUGGUAAUUAUUACUUAAAUGAAAUUAAAGAUAAAAUAAUAAUAUUUAAAUUAAAACAAGAUUAAUGGGGGGGAAAAAAAGAAAAAAGAUUUUUAAUUAAAAACUGACAAAAUACCUAAAUUUCUUAGCUAUAUUUCCAGUGGAAAUUGACCGGAAUUUUUUUGCAUUCCUCGCCGCUUGUAGCUUCAUCUGACAGUGUGCAUAAUUGUAUAUUAAUUACAUUUUUUAGUUAAUUUGUUGCUGUCGUUCAGUGGAAAAAAAAACGCUGAUUAAAGAACUAUCAUGUUUUUUAAUUAAAAUUGUAAUCAUUGUUUAAAUUAAAUUAAAGAUAAAAAUAACAAAUAUUUCAAUUAAAGCCAGAUUAAUAAAAAAUAUAUAUAUUUUAUUAAAAUUCCUAAAUUUUUCUGCUAAAUUUCCCAUGGAAUCUUUUCUCCCACCCACCUUUGCAUUCCUAGCUGCUGGGAGCAUCAUCGGAAAGUGUGUGUUAUUUAAAUUUAAUAACAUUCUUUCUUUAAUGUGUUGCUGUUGUUCAGUGAAAUAAAGUUUGAGUAAAGAAACAUUUUUUAAAUUACGAUGUAAUUAUUGUUUAAAUUCAAUUAAAUAUAAGAUACAAAAUAUUUAAAUUAGAGCACGAUUCAUUAAAAAAAGUGUGUAUCAUUUAAAUGUUUGAAUUUUUUUCAUUUCAUUUGUUUCUGUUGUUCAGUGAAAUUAAAUUUGACUAUAGAACCAUUUCUUAAAAUUACGAUGUAAUUAUUGUAUAAAUUAAAUAUAAGAUUAAAAAUAUUUAAAUUAGAGCAUGAUUAAUUAAAAAAGUGUGCAUAAUUUAAGUUUUAUAAUUUUUUUCAUUUCAUUUGUUUCUGUUGUUCAGUGAAAUAAAAUUUGAUUAAAUAACUAUUUUUUUCUAAUUAAAAUGUAAUUGUUUAAAUUAAAUUAAAUAUAAGAUAAAAAAAUAUUUCAAUUAGAGCAUGAUUAAUUAAAAAAAAUCAAAAUAUUAAAUUUUAUUUAAUUUGUUGCUGUUUAGUGAAAUAAAAUUAAAGAACUUAUUUUUUUAAUUAAAAUGUAAUUAUUGUUAAAUUAAAUAUGACAUCAAAAUCUAUAAAUUACAGCACAAUUAAGUAUAAAAACAUGUAAGUGUUUAAUUAAAGAAUUGUCUGGUCAUGACAAAACAAAGUGAAUUAUUAGAAAUAACAAAAAAUUUCCACUGACCCCUUUUUUUUUCUCCCCUCACGUGUCCAACUUUGAAAAUGUCCACAAUUUCUCAGCUAAAUCUUGUUCUGGAAAUGUACUGGAAUUCUUUUUCCAACGGACUUUGCAUUCCUAUCUGCUCGUAGCGUCGUCUGGCUCGUGUGCAUCAUCUGCAUAAUCGCCAAUCCGAUGACCACAUCAGAGCAUCCGAUGAAAUGAAGGUGUAUUGUCCUUGUAAUCACAUGAAUGUAAUCCAUUUUAGCGUGGGUGCUUACGCCAGACUCAAUUGUGUCACGAGAGAAAGUGAUGGCGUGCAUAGAUGAUACUGAGUCGUAUUUUUGCAACAGCAUAAAUGAAAGAUUAGUCAAAAGGAAAUAAGAAAACAGCAGUAAAAUGAUCCCUCAGCUGUGACUAAACGCGCUUCGGUUACGCUUGAUUUGACGCUUUCCCAAAGGGUUUGUCUAAAAACAAGUCCGACUGGAAGAAAUGAUCUGUAAAACACAAGCGCAAGGUUAUUAAUUCCACUUAACCACUUAGCAUCUUUCAGCACUUUUUACCAUGCAUGACACCGCAAACACCACCUCCAAGUCCAAAAAAAGCUUCAUUUCCUUGACUGGAAACAUGUUAGUCGGGACGUGGGCAGAAACCCGGAAGCUCUUCUGGAUUUCUGACACUGCCCGUGAAAAAAAAUGGAACAGUAGAUAUGUUAAAAUAGCAGCUUCUUCCAGAACAGGAUGAAUCAUUUCGAAUCCGUUUACGACCUGUACAAAACAACAAACAAAUAAAUAUGUCAAGAGGACAAUUAUUUGACUAAAAAAUGGGCAACAGCUGACAUUUCCUUACUCUUCCCUUGCAGGAGUGCUCCAAAUGUGUGUACAGCGCCCCCUUCAGGAUUUAGGCCGAGCCACUGCAAAACUUUAAUUGUCCUCCAGUCUAGUCGAUAUUGAUAUCUCUCACUGGAUCGCUUAGCAGCCGAGUGUGAAGCGGCCGGGAUAAGAAUCAGCACCUCCAAGUCCGAGUCGAGGGGUCUCGCCCGCAAAAGGAUGGAGCGCCAUCUGCGGGUCGGGAUGAGAACCUGAAAGUGGAGGAGUUUAAGUACCUCGGGGUCUUGUUCAGGCGUGAAAGAAGGAUGGAACGUGAGAUCGACAGGCGGAUCGGUGCGGCGUCUGCAGUGAUGCGGACUCUGCAUCGGCCCGUUGCGGUGAAGACGGAGCUGAGCUCUCAAUUUACCGCUCGAUCUACAUUCCUACCUUCUCCGUAGGGUGGCCGGGCUCUCCUUUAGGGGUAAGGUGAGCAGCACUGUCAACUCGGAGUAGAACCGCCGCUCCUCCGCACUGAGAAAAGCCAGGUGAGGUGGCUCGUGCAUCUGGUCAGGACGCCUCCUGGACACCUCCCCGGUAGGAGGCCUCGGGGAAGACCCAUGGCACGUUGGUGAGACUAUGUCUCUCAACUGGCCCAGUGGGAGAGGGAAGUCUGGGCUUCCCUGCUUAGGCUGCUGCCCCUGCGACCCGACCUGGAUAAGCGGUAGAAGAUGGAUGGAUAGUUGAUAGUGAUGGAUUUUGGGGCUUAUUACAUCCGUGUUUUUUCCCAGGAACUUGCCCUGUUUUUGCCUCCUUUCCCGUCACCCUCCCGUUUUAAUAGUUUCCCGUAAAUGUUCCGCAUUUCAUCUUAUCAUUCAUAACCGUCUUCGGUACUGCGGGUGACACGGUGACGUUAUCUACGCUCGAGCCACAGCAACCAGUCGUCUCUUUCCCAGCCUCGGGUAAACUUCCCUUCUGUUCUAAAGCAAAUGUUGCCAGGUGUGCCGUAAAGGUGAAAUUCUUCGAAAGGUUUUGGCUUGCCUAAACUAAAAGCACAUUGUGGAAUGGCUCAGCUAGAGCCCAGACCUAAGUCCAAAUGAAAAUCAGUGGGGGUGGGGGCGCACAAGUCACGCCCUCCAAAAUCUGACACAUGCGGAGCGCGUCUGCAAGGAAGAGUCGACUUCCUGUCCAUGUUGAAUUCAUUUGUCAUAUUUUUCUGUUGAAGUGUGCGGGGUAUCAUUCACUUUUUUAAAAAUAUACGUUUUCCAACGAUUGAUCACGGUGUCAUUGUUUUCCGUAAUAAAAAGCUGCUAUUUUACCAGAAGUUUCCACGUGUUCCAGCUGUAACUGUGUGUGUGGGUGUCGCAUGUUUGGCCGACACACUCUACUGUACCUUGUUUCAUUUCAUGAUAUUCAUGAGGAGAGCAUACGCGGUGAUCAUGACGUGCGUCUCGUAUGUUGAAGGGGCAGCAGGAAGGAUGGACCACCAAUAACAACAAUAAUAAAGAAUGUUCGACAGCUCA